AGCCCCGCAAAGGUGUCUUGCAAAGGACUUGGCCUGCAGAACUUUCCCAAGGAGCUUGGCCAAGGAAUUAAGUAUCUUGAACUCUCCAACAACUUCAUCCAAAACUUGUCAGGCAACUCCCUGCCAGGAUUUGGCCAGCUGGAGUACCUGGAUAUGUGCUUCAACCAGCUGGAAGCUGUGUCAGCCCCAGCCCUGGCUCAGCUGCCUCAGCUGCGCUCACUCCUCUUGGGCUCCAACCACCUGGACCACAACUACUUGGCCAAUGGGGAAGCUUUCCAUCUCCUGAGGAAUAUAGAGGUCCUGGACCUGUCUGUGAAUAACCUGGAGAGCCACAUGGCAGGCUGGUACAUCAGCAACCUGACCAGCCUGAGGAUGUUGGACCUGUCUGGGAACAGGCUGACCAAGCUGCUGUCAGGGAUCUUCCAGAGCUCCUCACAGCUGCGCCAGCUUGACCUCAGCCACAACUACAUCAUGGACAUCCAGGAGGGAGUUUUUGAGCCUCUGGAAGAGCUGGAGGUGCUGAACAUGGCUUUCAACUCCCUCCACUGUAUCUCUGGCUUCAGCCUGAUGCAGCUGCAAGUUUUAAACCUCAGCCACAAUGCCCUGGAGCUCUUCUCCUCAGAGAGGGAGGAGGAGGGAGCUGAGCACUACCUGCUGCGAGUGCUUGACUUGAGCCAUAACAGACUCCUCUACUUCCCAGAGCUCCCCAAAGCCCAUGAGCUCACCCACCUAAACCUCUCCCACAACCUCAUUGCUUCCCUGCUGCCAGGCUCACAGCAGCCAGGGGAGUUUGUGCUGCUCUACAAGGAGAUGGUGUGGUUCAACAGGACCACGCGUCCCACGGCUCCUCCGGCUCGUGUGGCUGACUUGGAUCUCAGCAAUAACCGCCUGGAGCUGUUCCCAUUUGCCUUUUUCCACAGGCUAGGCUCUCUGCAGAGCCUCAGCCUGGCUCUGAACUGCCUCCAGGAUGUCACCUGGGAGUCACUGGGCAGCAGCACAGAGCCUGGAGAGCACUCGCCUGUGCUGUCCGUGCGCUCCCUGAACCUCCACGGCAACUCCCUCCGUGUGCUGCCACGCUGGUUCUUCAGCUCUCUGCCUCUCCUGGAGACCAUGGAUCUGGGCUCCAACAGCCUCCAGCCUUGUGAGAGCCAGGGAAGAGAUUUGGGAGGGGAAACUCAUGUGUCAGCUCCUGGAGACACCUGCACUCCCUUCUACAAUAUGCCUGGCUUGAGGCACCUCAACCUUCGCCACAACAACAUCUCCAGGCUGCACCCCUAUGCCUUCAACCAGACCUCGCUGCUCUCCCUGGACCUCUCAGGGAACAGGGACCUGUCUUUGCCCAGGGAAGCCCUGGGGGGGUUGGAGCAAUCCCUGCAGGAGCUGUCCCUGAGGGACAACCAGAUGGAUGAGAGCAAGGCAGUGCUGCCCUGCCUGGCCGUGCUCCGCGCCCUGGACCUCUCGGGCAACCACCUGAGCCUGCUGCCCUCAGGGCUGUCUUGCUCCCCUCUGGAGAGCCUGGAUGUUCGGGAUAACAACCUGCAGACCCUGGGAGACCUGGGCAGCUGGUCCCAGAGCCUGAGGACUGUGGCUGUGGCUGGGAACCCCUUCAGCUGCUGCUCUCUGGGCUGGCUGGAGGUGCUGCGUGAGGCUGCGGUGGCUGUGCAGGACCUGGAGGAAGCUCGUUGUGCCUUCCAGGAGCAUGGGCAGAAUGUCUCGGCCAGGAUCACCAGCUCUCCCCAGUGGCUCUGUCCCAGCCCCAAGGGCAGUGUCUCACUGGCUGUGCUGGUGGUGCUGGACAAGAAGCCAAGCCCUGGGCUGGUUGGAUUGAUCAUUCCCUUCACCCCCUGA